GAGAAAGUCCGAUUCGGGAGGCUUGGGCAAAAUUAUUGAUCUCGUGUAUCAACCCUUGAGUCCAUGAAACUGUGGGUCUACUGAUUGAUGGCGUCGACCAAUCAAAUGUCGGGGAUUUUCUCCAGUCGUCAGGUAUUUUGGGUUCGUUGCUCUCUCGGGAUGCCUCCCUCUCUCUCGUCUCCACGAUGCCUGUUGCCUCUCCUGGGACAACAAUCAUGCGGCAUGGCCACCCUCAAGGAUAUCGCAGUCCGUUUGCGCUCAGUGAAGAACAUACAGAAGAUCACCGCGUCGAUGAAAAUGGUUUCUACCUCGAAGUUCGCUAGAGCUGAGCGAGAACUUCGAGUAGCCCGACCCUAUGGCAACGGCGCCAAAGCUUUUUACGACUGUACUGAUCUGGGUUCGACGGAGGUCGAGGCCAAACCCAACACAUUAUUGGUGGCUAUCACUUCGGACAGGGGUCUCUGUGGUGCUGCCAAUAGUAGCAUUGUAAAGACCAUUCGAAAUAUGUUGCUUGCGAACCCCGAGCUCAACAAAAAUACCAAACUUGUUUUGGUCGGUGACAAAUCGCGCGCCCAGCUUCUAAGGCAGUUUCGAGAUAUUUUUCUGAUGUCCUUUAGCGAUGUCGGCAAGAAGGCGCCCACUUUUGAAGAUGCCUCCGAGAUAGCGGAAUCCAUACUACAAAGUGAUUACAAGUUUGAUCGGGCAGUAAUGUACUACAACACAUUUAAGUGGGUUAAUUUCGUUUGGUUUUUACCUAUAUGUAGAACUGUUGUGACCUACAUAACAACCCCUCAACCAAUACUGAGUCUUGAGGAGGUUGUAGCUGCCCCGAAAUUUUCUUUGUAUGAUUCAGUUGAUGAAGAAGUGCUGAAAUGCUACAAUGAGUACACACUAGCCUCAUUGAUAUUCUUCGCCCUUAAAGAAGCAUCUACGAGUGAGCAAUCUGCUCGCAUGACAGCUAUGGAUUCUGCCACAAAAAAUGCAGGCAAGUGCGGUGAAAUGAUCGAUAAGCUGACGCUCAGCUUCAAUCGCACGCGACAGGCCGCUAUCACACGUGAACUGACGGAGAUCAUAUCAGGAGCUGCAGCAGUUUGA